GGCAACACUGUCCAUCCGACCUCACGAACUUGUUCACCGUUGAUUCGGUUUCAUCGUUCGCACCGCCAGCGUGGUAAACGUCAAUGCCAAGACGGUCUUAUAUUUUAAACGUAAAUAGCACACCCAUACGCUAAAAUGGACUUUUUCAACAAAAAAGUGUGUGUUCUGAAGCUUGCCGCUGCUGUUCUGCUAUGUUUGCACCUCUCAAGCCCAGUAAAAGCAACAUGGGAAUACAGUACCCACGAGACCGGUAUAGACUUCGUGCCGUACCGUCAAAAGCGGGACGCGCCACCCCCACCGACGCCCGCCGUGCCGGAGCCGACGCCGACCGCGCCGAAAACCGCUGACGCGCCGGCGCCGACGCCGACAAACGCCACUGUUGAGGAUAGUAACAGGACUACUAAUCUAACUAAUACAACCACCACCACUACGACUCAAGUGUCAGUCACGCAGAUCCCACUGCUGGGCGUCAAUGGAUCUGGCAUCUAUAAGGGGAACACCUCCGUACCCAGAGUGAGCGACCCCAUACUGGCCGAUGACAACAUAACGACUACUAACUUCGAGCAUCAAGAAGCCAUUAUUGAGGCGCAAAAGAACAUCAACAAUUUGACUUAUGACAACCACAUAUUCUACAACAGCACGUUCAUAGGCAACGUGACCUUCUUCCUAGAGCACUGGGCCAACAUCACCAAACCCAAGCCGGACAUACACGCCGUGCUCAGCAACUCCCAUAGACGGGCUACGACUCUGAAGCUGUCCUUCCCGUUCCCGUUCUACGGUCACCCGCUCCACAACAUCACCGUCGCCACCGGCGGGUUCCUGUACACGGGCGAGCACGUGCACAAUUGGCUCGCGGCCACGCAGUACAUCGCGCCGUUGAUGGCCAACUUCGACACCACGCUCACUGUCGACAGCUGUGUCAAGAUGUAUGACGACGGCGAGAAAUUCACCGCGCUAUGGGAAAACGUGAAUCUCCGCGAGGACAAAACGAAGAACUUCACGUUCGCCGCCACCCUGUACAAGAACGGGGAUAUAACGUUCGCGUACAAGGACAUACCGAUUCCGGUGCAAUUGAUCAAUGAUAACGAGCACCCGGUCAAAGUGGGGAUCUCGGACGCCUAUCUCACUGACAGGAUGAUGUUCUACGUCCGAAGGAAGACUAUCUACGAAUACCACCGCGUGACCUACAAGGGGCAUAACAUUACCAGCCACACCCUCCUGAAGAUGAUCGCGUUACCGACCUGUCUCCAAUACAACACGUGCGAGGAGUGCACCAAUCACGACACGGAGUUCAAUUGCUCGUGGUGCGAGGCGCUCAAGAAGUGCUCCAGUGGAACUGACAGGAACAAGCAGGACUGGGUGCUGAGAGCAUGUGACAGAACUCAAAUAGUGAACGCCAGCCAAUGUCCAGCCAGUCCGAACCCGCAGCCCAACGGCACCGACGUCACCGGCACCGUGUACGUCACCGACGGCGAGCCCAGCCGGCACGAGGCCGUCAUUAACACACAACCAGAAGUGGUUCCGUCCGGGCAAGCGGUCAAAGCCCCGGCGCCCGCGCCGCCCGCCGGCAGCUCUCCGGUCGGCGCCGCCGUCUCCGCUAUAGCCAUCAUAGCCCUGGUGGCUGCACUCGCUGCGUGGGUCCUUUACGCUUUCAAGAACCCUCACACCCGCAGCGGGCAGCUGCUCAUCAAGUACCGACCAUCUCAAUGGAGCUGGCGACGGGGCGAGGCGCGCUACACCGCCGCAACCAUACAUAUGUAAACAGCUUUACAAACUUUGCUCAGGAACAGCCCUGGCCGAAAGGUACCUUAAGCCCUAGUAAAUAUGUUUGCUAAACUAAAUUGAGCCUUAUCACCAAGACAGCUCAGACUAGAAUUGGUCACGAACCAAACGAGAAAAGUUUGGAAAUUUACAAGGAAUAUCAGUAGAUAUGAGGCCGAUUCGAACAUGCAAAUAUGAAACCGAUAUUAGAAUAAUAUUGAAAUCAUAUCAGUUGGGUCGAAAUUAUUUUCGUCGUUUGUUUUUUGUCCCCAGAAGUGUAGGUUUUUGUAUGAUUUUUAGUUUUUAAUUUUUCUCGUGUAAAUAUAUAGAGUACGGUUGCGUUUUUAUCGCUUGUCAUUACCAUUACUGUCACGUUCUAUCAAGUAUGUAAGUGCGAAAGUGACGGGUAUAGUGAAAAGCGAUGAAAAUGAAACCAUGCUACCACAACAGCUAUAAAAAUAUAGCGAUGAGUAAGGUUGCCAGAGCUCAACGUGGGUGCGGUGUGUUUGGGUCGGCAACGCGCAUGUAGCUCCUCUGGAGUUGCAGGCGUACAUAGACUACGGAGACUGCUUACCAUCAGGCAGGCCGUAUGCUUGUUUGCCACCGACAUAGUAUAAAACAAAAAAAUAUAUAUAAUAUACAAGUUUAACAGAGUGGUCAGAAACAUUACAACGAAGAAUUUUGAGCCAGUUAUCUGUCAUUCGUGACACUAAUACCAAAGAGGAUUUGAAAUAGAGGUGUAUUGUCAAAGAAAACUUUGUAGCUACGUAAAUUUACUGCCAUCUUUCGACACAAAUGAUCAAAACUUUUAGAACGCCAUUUGACUUUGAUUCUUAUUAUUUCACUGAUAUGUGUUCAAUUUGUUAAAUAUCAAAAAGUGGCGCCAUUUUACCGGGCACUACCUAAAGGUUAUGGCGCCAUGGCUCGAAAUCGCGCCAUAUUGCGCCAUCGAUCUAUUAGAUGGCGCCACUUUUAGAUAUUUAACAAAUUUAACUCAUAUCAUUAAAAGAAUAAGGAUCAAAGUUAAAUGGCGUUCUAAAAGUUUUAAUUAUGUUUCGAAAGAUGGCGGUAAAUGUAUGUGGCUACAAAGUUUUCUUUGACAAUACACCUCUAUUUCAAAUUAUCUUUGCUAUUACUUGUGCGGACAAGUCUCAGCGAAUGCACUCGCGAAUUACACCUAACUGAUAUGAUUCCAAUAUCAUUAUAGUAUUUGUUUUAUGUUUGUGCACAUUCGAAUCCUCUGUCUCACUAUUUUUUUUUUAUAUUUUUUUUUGUCAGUUCGACAUUAUUGUUUUUUUUUCUAUUAUUAAUCCUAAAGCUCAAUCAGCUGUACAUCCGUGCCUUAAAUAUCGUAAAAGUGAUCUUUUGAAAACACCGUCCAUAUGUGGAUUUUACCUAAAUCCAAAAAAGGUUUGCAAAAUCGUAAAGCACCAUAGGAAAUUUCUGAAAUGUUCCCACCUGUGACACGACAAUCGAAAGGUACCUUCAGCGUUGUGAAUGGGAUUUCCAAUUUUAACCCUUUACUUAUGCAGCCAUAUAUGGCAGUUAUAAUAUUCAACUAUGAUAGUGAUAGCUAUUAAAUUUCAAAUUUAAUUUUUUUUUAAAUGAAGGGGUUUAACGUACUUAGGUGUAACAAAAUUAGUGGCGAUCCGUUUCAAGGCAUAUCCUAUACCUGUAUAUAUAUAUAUAUAUAUAUUUCGAGGAUCGCGGAAACAACUCUAACGAUUUCGAUUAAAUUUGCUAUAUGGCUUUAGGGGGCGAAAAAUCAGCCCAACUAGAUCUUAUCUCUGGGAAAACGUGCAUUUUUGAGUUUUCAUGUUUCCUAAAUAGGAAAAAGUGGAGAAACAUUUUUUUUUUUGCGCGAAAGAAUUUUUUUCUAAUGGUCCAAGUCCCACCAUACAAAGGCCAAAAAUUCGCGUUGAAAAAUAUUUUCUUCUAGUUUUUUUGUAAUCAGAAAACGAUACUGAUCCCCACUUUUUUUGUUACACUACAUACAGUCAACAUGUUAAGGCAUGUAGCAUAUAGGUAUACAUCGAAAAUGCCCGUAAAAAGGUUAUAUCUAUUUACGAAUUGUACCAGUGUUCAUAAAACUAGUGCCUUAAGUUACGGACCAAUCUACAUCCUACAUUAUCCAUCCUAAUUAAAUAUAUAUGUAUAAAAUAGUGAUGUCGCGAAUAUUCGCAUCAUUUCAAACAUUCGUAUCGACAUUCGCAUCAUAUGAAGCGAAUUUUUCGCGAAUGCGAAUGUGCGCAGGUCGUGUCCUGUCUCGUCCACUCGCGUAUGAGCAGUGCGCGCAAACUGUUCAAGUAAUGCAUUUUGACCAGUAAACAGCAUUUCUCAACACUAUAACAUCCAGUUUUAAGGCUACAUAUGUUUUAUGUACUGACAGAUUUUUUUCUAAUUAGGCAUGAUGAUAACAACUACAUAUUCCCUAACAUUCGUAUUCGCAUUCGGAUAUUCGCAACCUGGACAUUCGUAUUCGGACAUUCGUAUUCGCAUUCGGAAAUUCUCAUCCCGGACAUUCGUAUGCUAGACAUUCGUAUUCGCAUUCGGCCAUUCGUAUUCGCAUUCGGAAAUUGUCAUCCUGGAUAUUCGUAUUCGGACAUUCGCAUCCUAGACAUUCGUAUUUGGGCAUUCGCAACCUGGACAUUCGUAUUCGCAUUCGGACAUUCGCAUCCUGGACAUUCGUAUUCGCAUUCGCGAAUGUGAAAAAUGCGAUAUUCAUGACAUCCUUGGUAUAAGAUACGCUUUCUAAACUAUUAUAUGUACAUGUUAGCUUGAUGCUGUAUUUGCAUCGGAACCAAAAUUGUACUAAGAUAUAAAACGUCACUGGCAACCUUUUCGACGCCGUGUCAAACUCGGACGUCACGUCACCCGAGUGUCAAAACUCAAAUUGAACUUUAUGCAUACGCACGUAGGUCUAUGUUGCUUUGUGGUCUGGGACGGAUUAAUCCGUCUUCGGCGUUUGGACCUGUGCGGAUAUAUCCGUCAUUGGCGUCAAAAAGGUUAAGCUAGGAUAGCAUUAUGCUAUUAAAUUUAGCAUACAACGUGUAACACAGCCACUGAAUGUGGAGUGGGUACACGUUGUAUAGAUCAUACUGAGCAACUUAUUCUAUAAGAUAAGACACAUCCCGAAAUCGCGAUAAAAAAAAGACCCGGACCCGGGUACGUCCUUAAACUGCGUCCACAAGAGAGGUAUGGGCAUUGUGAAUGUCAUCUCGCCUUGUGUGGUAGGGCACAGAACAGCGGAUGUCAUUCCAGAUCUAGAGCAGAGCCCAACUGGGGAAGUACCUCCACCUUAUAGAAAACAGCAGCCAAAUAACACUAGACCCUACUCAUAGUGUUGUGUUCCUGCCGGUGAGUAAGGUUGCCAGAGCUCAACAAGGGGCGGGAGGGGGUUAGGGUCGGCAACGCGCAUGUAACUCCUCUGGAGUUGCAGGCGUACAUAGGCUACGGAUACUGCUUACCAUCAGGCGGGACUCCCAUACAAGAUAUCAACAUUUACAGGCCAAAAUGUAUGUAGCGUCAAUUUUUUUUUUUCGCAUUUUCUAUGUUGGUCCCAUAGUAAAAGUUGCUCAUUAUGACCUUCACAACGUGUACCGCAAUUUCAGUGGCUGGUGUAUAUUAUACUUGCGCGAAGUAUUCAUUAUAUUCUACACACUAUUGUCAAUAGAAAAUUUGUGUAGUCAUUUCAUUUUUUUUAUUGAAAACAUUUCGGAUAGUAAUAGGAAAGAUGGUAAAAAUUAAGUGCCUAUGUAUUUUGGACAAAGGUUUAUGAAACCUGCAUUGUUUGUAUCAAUUAAUAUUUAGGAAUAUUUGGAAUAACAUUUAUGCAUCUUUAUCUAAGACAUAUCUUUAAAAUUAUGCGGCUAUUUAUAUUAAUCUCAAAUUAUACAUCAACAUUUAAUUUCAACUAUUUUUAAUAUAAAAAACGUAACUUAUUGAAUUUGACUCCAGCGUGGUAAUUAUUCUCGACUUAAAUCGUCCGUCCCUUUUUAACUGGUAUAUUCAGAAAGAGACGAACAGAUUAAUAUGUUUACUGAAGCGCUAGUAGUAUGUUAACGUAAUAUAAAUAUUAAUUAUUUUAUUUUUUAUUAUAAUUAAUUAUAUGUGCAGCUAUAUUGUAAAAAAUAUAUAAAAAAAAUUGUACAAAUUUAAUUUAUCCGAAAAUAACAUUCCUUAUUUCUGUUAUUAACGAUUUAAAUACUUAAUUUCAUUUUGUUAAAUUUUAUAUAUAUAAAAAAAGGUUUUUUUAUAAAAAAAUUAUAUUCAUGUCAUAAAAAUUGAAUAUGAAGAUGUAGAUAUAUAUUAUUUAAUGUUAUUUUUCUAUACGACCUGCACUGCACUUAAAUCGUAAGUUUUUUUUAUAUACUUCAGAGACUAAUAAAUCAUAGAGAGGUAUCAUAAUUUACAUAAUAUUUGUGUGUACGGCGCCAUCUAAUGAGCCAAUCGGGCACGAUUAUUUGUCUAUACUUUAUUUGUCUCUGAUGUGAAUUGCAAUUGUAUUUUACUACUUAAUAUAAUUAGGGGUGCAAUAUUUGAUAAAUUAGAUCGAUUUUAAUAUAAAUAUUUACGGUCAAAUCUGUCCAAAAGGUCAAAAAAAGUUUGUAAACGUUCUAAAAUAUACAGGGUGAAAUUUUUACCACCACCCAAUCUGCGUAGUGACUUUUUAGGUCAUACUGAACAACUCAAACUCAAAGAUACAUUGAUUAAGAUGUGUAAAAUCUAAGACAAUUUCGUGCUUCGAAUUUGACAGAUAAACGAGAUGGCGCUGUACAGCUCCAUACAUUAUACGGUAUAUCGUCAAAAGUUGACGUUUGACAAUUCAGUUACCAAAACACAUAAGGCGUAGUACAGCGCCAUCCGUUUUGGAUGUCAAACUAAGGGGCGUGUUUUUUUCUUACACCUCUCUAUUACAAUCCUCUUUGGUAUAACAAAAUUUCACCCUGUAUGCAUUCUUAAGCGUUCUAGGUUCGAUUCCCAGUAAUUGCAAACAUUUUUAUGACUUUGAACGCUUGUUUCUGAUAUUUCUAUGAACCUAUAGGUGUUUACGUCACCUAGUACCCGUGUGAGCAUAGCUUUUUGGUACUAGGUCGAUAUGUAUAAUUGUACCCAUAUUUUUUACAUGUAAAUUUACUAAACCACUGCUUUUUCACGUUUAUUACGUUAAGGUUUUAAAGAAUUUACAUUCACAGGAGAGUAUGCUUUUUGUUUUUAUAUUUACGAGUACCUAGUAAUUGCUUAGAGUGGUCCAACUUUACUUGGUAUGUGGCAAAAAAAUGAAAUAGAUUUUAUCUUCACAAGACUCCCUUUAUUAUACAAGGUGCCCGUGAGCAUUGCGAGACAUUUUAACUAAGCAUUCCUGGUAAUAUUUAGAAACUAAAAUGUCAUAUAAAAUUUUCUGGAUUAGGCCUAGUUUCAGAGAUAAUUAAAUGUUUUUCGAAAUCAUUAUUUCGCCAUCAGUCGGUACAAAACACAUUUUUGAUUGCGGUAUUGCCACUUUGAGGUCUAGUCUGGACAUAACUAUUGAUUGAUGACAUCGAAAAAUUAAAAAAAAAUGUAUUCGAGAGGCUACCCUCAAAUUAAAAAAAAACCUUUUAAUUUUAAUUUUAGGUUAUGUGUUUAUCAAUAAAAAUUACGUUUUAUGUACAGGAGUGUUCAAAAAAAGGAAAAAAAAAACAAAAAAUUUUUUUUUUGUCGAAUUUCACAAAAAGUCAUAUAGCAUUUUUUGCUUCUGUUGCCAUCAGGAAUGCACCGUUAAAAUCUCUCGCAAUGCUCACGGGCACCUUGUAUUCUGGAAUAAUCUGAACUCAUUUACAAAUAAUUUAGUAAGUACCUGUUUUUGUGAUUUGCAAUAUCCUCAUACAAUUAAAAAAAAUGCAAACUAACCAAAAA